UAUCUCACAGCGGAUCCGUUCUCGCUGUGCAAAGGCUGUUCGGUGACGUUGAACGAAGCUUCACCGGCCCGCCCGAACACCGUAAGUGUAACCGAACGUUCCGAUGGACGUGGACAUGGCGGGACUCCAUUUUCUAGGGUUUUGAAGAAAGCAUAUUUGGUUUGAGCAAGGAGAAGGCGUCGGAGAGGGUAUUAGUGAUGGGGAAUUUGUUCGUUAAGAAACCGAAGAUCACCGAUGUUGAUCGAGCGAUUCUCUCUCUCAAAACCCAGCGACGGAAGCUUGCGCAGUACCAGCAACAGCUUGAUAAUGUUAUUGAGGCUGAGAAGCAAGCUGCGAGGGACUUGAUUCGUGAAAAGAAGAAAGACAGGGCUUUGCUUGCAUUAAAGAAGAAGAAGGCCCAGGAAGAAUUAUUGAAGCAAGUUGAUAAUUGGUUGAUUAAUGUGGAACAACAAUUGGCAGACAUUGAACUGGCAAGCAAGCAGAAGGCUGUAUUUGAGAGCUUGAAGACUGGUAACAAUGCUAUUAAAUCUAUACAAAGUGAAAUCAAUUUGGACGAUGUUCAAAAACUGAUGGAUGAUACAGCUGAAGCAAAAGCUUACCAAGAUGAAAUCAAUGCGAUAUUAGGGGAAAAACUAUCAGCAGAAGAUGAAGAAGAAGUCUUAGCAGAAUUUGAGAACUUGGAAACUGAGCUUACUCUUCAAGAUCUACCAAAAGUUCCUGCCCCUUCAGUGGCAUCUGCAGAAGAAGCUGCCACAGUUGAGAGCAAUGACAUUGAUGAGGACCUUGCGCUCCCAGACGUGCCAACCAAAGCCCCUGUUGCUCCUGAGGUGGUUGCAGAUGAUGGUGACAAUUCUCCCACAAGAGUAUCGACAAGAAGAAAAGUUAUGGAGGAACCAUUACCUGCUUGAUCGAUGGAAGGAUUCAGUCCUCAUACAAUGUCUGUGGUUUGUAGAAGUACACGGUUUUCUUUUUUCCUUGCGUUGUCAUCAAACAUUACUUACUUGGGAGUUGAUUCCUACAAUAUGUACAUUUUGAUUGAUAAAUUAUCAGUGUAUAAAGCUUCCAUUUAUACA